UCAUUCUUUCCCACUGCCUCACACACUCUCUGGUACACGUAACGAAAACAUACUCAACUCCUCAAAAAUGGCUCUUAACAAUCUUCGGCUGCUGUUGUCAGUUCUGUUCAAAAAUCAAAGCUUUCGCAAUGCUGCUACCUAUUCUAGGUAUCUUCGUAGUUUUCGUGAUCGACCUCUCUAUCCUUCCUUCUCCAUUCAGCCUACUACCUUCUCCAAAUAUGAUAUGAAUAUACUUGCAUAUCUUAAGAAUAUAGGAUGGGAGUCUCUGGUCACAAAUAUGCGAUUCAGUCAGUGUCCUGAGGCUGUUCGUCUCUUCUAUGUUAAUCUUAGAUGUGGUCCUGGGAGUAAUCCUGAUUCCUUCACCACACUAGUCUAUGACUAUGAGAUUAAAGUGACGCCUGGGUUGCUGGCGUCAGUCUUGGACCUUCCUCAUAAUGGGAUUCAGGCUGGCACAGACAGGGAGUUCUAUCAAUCUGGCUUCCGGUUUGAUCAUGCUCUUGAGUCCUUGGCUCGUGACAUAGGUCGAUGGUUUCCAUUCAAACUCGAUGCCGGCAAGUUUCCAGAUGAUCUCAAGGUGUUGUUCUUCUUUCUCACGCGCUGGUUCCUGCCUCGUGAUCUGGGCAACACUGAUCUCAUCCAUUCUCCUGACCUUUGGAUCCUCUUUAAUGCGCGAGCUGGUCGUCGCAUUAGUUAUUCCUCCCUCAUGUUCCAGCACAUGAUUAAGUUUGGGCGUGACUACUAUGGUGGUCCAUUGCCUUUUGGUCCUCAAAUCACGCGGUUCCUAUAUCGUCUAGGCAUUGGCUUACGUGAUAAAGUUAUUGUCUGUGAUGUUUUGGAUGAUCUGCGUCCUCAGCACGUUAUUGUUCGCCUUGAUGCAUUAGUUGGUUCCCGUAAGCCUGUCACUAGCUCAGGGGGAGUGAAUAGUCAUCAACAGAUCGCUUCUUCGGCUCUUGUUAAUACAGCUGCUCCAGCAUGUAAACAAGACGCUACUACCAAGAGUGGCCCAAAGCGGAAGCUAAUGCUUGAAAAGGAUUUGAUGUUACCAAAUUUUGUAUAUGAGUCAAAUCAGAUCAAUGAUCCGAUUACUCCAGAUUCAGACUCUGGUGAUGAGGAUAGGGUUUCAGGCUAUGCUUCACCUCCUAGCUAUCCGUUUUGAGCAAUGACUUUGAAGGCUGAGUUGAACCUUAGGACAUUAUCUUUUGAUCUUUCUGAGCUGUUUGUCGAGUCUUUGGAUUUAUGUUCUCGGUUAUUGAUUUGAAAGAAGAAUAAAUGAAUGAAUUUCCU